UACAUUCAAAAUACAUCCCUCACAGAGCUAUACUUGGAUAGCAAUAAAAUUGAGUUGUUGGAGGCCAAUGUUACAUGGAUAUUCCGGCGACUGAAAGUCUUAUCUAUAGCUGACAAUCGUUUAACACAAGGCAUAUAUAUCUUCCAGUUCAGUGCAAUGAGAAACCUUAUUUGGUUAAAUGUGAGUCAGUCAUUUUCAUCACAUGACUUGAUUGGCGGGAAUUUCAUCACAGAUUUAAAAUGCAAAGAUGACUUGCCUUAUUCAGUAAAUCACCACACAAUUACUAAACGAAGUGUUGGUUUUGUUCAAAGUUCUCUGAAAAGACGCAGAGAAAAUUCACAGUUUCCAUUAGUUUUUCCACUUCCACCAAAACUAAAAAUAAUGUAUUUGGUCCAUGGUUCAUUGGGAUAUGAUGUUCCAAAAGUAAUAUUUUUAGAAAAUAGCCUAGAAAGUCUUUCAUUGCAGGGAAAUCAACUAUCCAAUUUAAUAGGUCCAAUCAUUGGAUUAACGAAACUUAAGAUUUUAAACUUAUCCAAAAAUAAUUGCAAAUAUAUUUCCGAUUAUUUCUUUGAUUUCUGGAAUUCUAUUGAAACAUUGCAACUGUCAAAAAACAAACUUGGCAAUUCUUUAGCUAGAGAUAUUGAUGGUAGGAUUUUUAAAAAAUUAACAAAUUUGACACAUUUGGACUUGAGUAAUAAUGAAGUUGAGUCGCUUUCGGAAAACGUGUUUCAAUCACUAUCUGCCAUUUCGAAACUUGACCUUAGUUUUAAUUUAAUAGAUAAUCUUUUAUUCAAAUUCGGCCAUAUGAAAAGUUUAAAAGUUUUGAACUUAACAAAUAAUCGAUUAGCAUCUUUAUCAGAAACAACAAGACGUACGUUGGAUGAUAUAACAAAUGGGAGGAAUUAUCCAUUAACAUUAGAUCUACGUAACAAUCCUUUACUUUGUAACUGUGAUACAAAAGCGUCUAUUAAGUGGAUGUUUCUACAACAAAAGAAAAAUAUUGACUUACUAUCAUUUGAAACUUUUAACUGCUUCACGGAGGAUAAAAGAAUUUUCUCCUUCAAAGACAGAAAAAUCUUGAUUGAGUUGGAUAAGAGGUGUGGACCGUACUCUGAGCUAGCUGCAGGAAUGUCAGUGUUGAUAACCGUGGUCCUUGUUCUCCUAAUUUCACGAAUCGCCUACCGAUACCGUUGGAAGGUUAGAUAUUUUUAUUACGCGACCAAAAGUAAAUUUCAUGGGUACAAAUCACUCAAAAACCAUUUGAUAUAUAAGUAUGAUGCAUUUAUUUCCCAUGCUGACGAGGACAGGGGUUUUGUGAUUAAGAAGAUGUUACCAAAGUUAGAAACUGAGCGAAACCUUAAACUUUGUCUUCACUUCCGGGACUUUGUACCCGGAUAUGACAUAGCAGAAAAUAUAUCAACAGCGAUAAAUCAAAGUCGAUACACUGUUUUUGUGCUCUCGCCAGAAUUUGUAAAAUCUUAUUGGUGUAUGUUUGAACUAAGAAUGGCGCAAAUGGAAAGUUUUUACGAGAGAGCAGGAGAGGAGAUGUUGUUUGUGGUACUCUACAAAGUUUUACCUCAUCCCGAAAUACCUCUACAUCUUCGUGAAAUGAUGGAUAAAAAAUCUUACAUAGAGUAUCCAAAAGAUGACCCAGAGAAACAAGAUUUUUGGAGUAACAUCCAUUUCACUUUGAACGGAUCCGGAGAAAUUGUAUCAUCAGUUUGAUACUAUUUUUUCGUACAUAUUUUUCUUAUUUGAAUUGUAUUCUUUAUGUAGU